AUGGGCCUCACAGUAUCUCGUCACGACGUCCAUGUAACCUGUGUGUUCUCAGAGGAUUGUGGCCUACCCUGCAGCUUCCUGCCUGGCAGUGAGGAAGUCAUCCACUGGAUGAAACCAGAAGACAAGGACCUGAUCAUCCACUCCUACUACUACAGUACAGAUCAGCUCAAACAGCAGAGCCAGCGUUACAGAGGGAGAACAGCCCUGUUCAAUGACCAGAUCCCCAAAGGAAACGCUUCACUACUGCUGAGAGGGAUCACACUCCAGGACCAGGGCAGAUACAAGUGUUACACCAGCACUAUUAAAGGCAACAAGGAGUCCUUCAUUAACAUAGCAGUAGAAGCUCCAGUCCACUUGGUGGACAUACAGUUAUCAGAUGACAUCAUCAUCACCUGCAGUUCUACCUGGUCAACUGGUCAACUGACCCCCCCUCUGACCUUUCAUUUGACCCCAUGACCGGGGACUCUAUGA